AUGCGCACCAGCAUGGCCGGAACAGGAACCGCAGCCGGAGCCGGAGCCGGAGUCGGAACGGGGCGACGAUCAGACACCGGUAUCUUCACUGCCAUCCAUGCCGCAGCGGCGUUUCACGUGGCUGGACGUGCGGGUUCUGCCAGUGGGGCAACUGGCAAGCGCUCAUCUUGGGACACGACGCGGAUUUUGGAAGAGGACAGUGGGGGGAGCUGGCUCCCGCCUUUAGCUGAAGCCAGCCGAACGCGCCCUUUGACCAGGGGCGACGUGAGCGCCAGUACUAUCCUGGUUCGGAAGGCUCUGGAAUCUGGGAAGGAGUCUCCGAACGUGGAGCGUAGCAACGGCUCGGUGGGGAGUGGGAGCAGCAAAGCCGGAAUACGCGCCGCACCACAGGUCCUGUUGGGAGACCGCAGCGUGGCGGAGGUCAUGUCCAACUUCGUUAAACCGGAAAGCUUGUCGAUGAAGACGAAUUACUUGUGGGCACUGCUGGCGGGCGCAUGCCGGCUGGAGGGCGUUGAAGGGGACUGCUUCACAGCAGACCUUCAUGAGCGGGACGGUAACCACGAAUACUGGCGGCGAGCAUCGGGGGAAAAGAUUUACGGCCCCGUAACGUAUUUCGUGAGCCAUUGCUGGCAGUACAAGCUCGGGGACCUCGUGGGCAUGAUCCUGCAGCACUACGACGAGCUGCCGGAGACGGACGGCGGGCGGCUGUUUGUACCCGUGUUCUACUGGGUGGACAUCUUUGCGGUGACACAGCACUUUGUGGGUGACUUCACGGAGCACCCGGACGCGGACUUCAAGGGGGUCAUUGAGGCAGCCAAGGGUGGUGUGCUCUUCUCCAUGGCGCCCUGGCGGAACCCGCUGUCCGUGAGGCGUGUGUGGUGCUUGUUCGAGGCGCUGACAGCGUUGUCGUUAAACCGCGAGAUUAACCUGAUGACCGAUUCCUUCGACUCGACUGCGAAAGUUGAUAUCUUGCUGCCGCUAUUCACCAGGCAAGUGGUGGAGAUGUUGGAUGUUCGCAACGCCGAGGCGACCAUGGAGAAGGACCGCGACUACAUCAUGGCGCUCGCGGAGCGGACGCUGGGCAUCAAUCGCUUUAACCAGACACUACGCACGGCGCUGUACCACGAAAUUUGCGAGGCCAUGAUCCUGCGGGCCGUGGUGACGGGUGAGACAGAUGAGGGCCGCAAGCUGUUGGAGCGUGGCAUCAUCAUCUCCAAUGCCUCGCUGCGCUUCAUGCCCAAGCGCGACUCCGCAGGCAAGGAGGUGGAGCGAAUCCGGGACACCGGCCUCAUGUUAUUGUCGGAUGCAGUCAAGUCUUGCCCUAAGCUGGAAUCGCUGGUGGUGUAUACAGCUGCCGAGACGGACGUGACACCCAACGGUCUGACCACCUUGGCCAAGGGGUUGACAGGGCACCCGGCGUUAAGGCACCUAGCGGUCGGCCGCCACCCUCUUCUGGCAUCAAUCCCAGGCACGGGUGGAUCGCUGGGUCGCACCUCGGUAUCCGCCUACGCGUCGUUGCUGUCGACCAAUCGAGUAUUGACGCACUUGGACCUGUCGUACAACAAGCUUGGACCCGAUGGCGUUGUGGCGUUUGCACCGGCCCUGGCCGGCAAUCGCACUCUCGCGGUGCUCAAGCUUAGACAGGUUGGCAUGGACGGCGCCUCGGCCAUUACCUUGGCGGAUAAUUGCAUGACGGCCGAGGGGUUACGUGACCUGGACAUCAGCUAUAAUCCCGAAAUGGGUGAUAGGGCGGCGCCCGCUCUCGUCAAGCUCAUGAGCCACAAGGGGCUCACCGUGUUGCGGGCGCAGUGCUGCAGAUUUGGCUGGCAGACGGGCAAGGCGCUCAUCGGCGAUCAGCUCACAAGGGCGGGGAGCAUCCGGGAGCUGAGUCUGGGCUGUGUGGUCCAGGGCAGCGGCAACGCCAUCUCCCAGGACACUUCGGAUUGGAACCACCUGUUGAUUGACACGUCCGGGCCCAACGGCGGCAGGACCUCCCGUGCCGUGCCAGCUCAUGGCGACGCGCUGGUGGCGCUGGCGGGCGCGUUGCGGCAGGGCUUCAAGACGUUGGAGCGGUUAGACCUUCGGGGCUGCUUCAUGGGGGCCAACGUGGGUGGUGAGAGCGCGGGACUGCGGGAUGCGCUGAUGAGCGGCCUCAGCAGCGUGCGUCGAGGAGCCGCAUUCGGCAGCUUGCGGUUCUUGGACAUGCGGUCUUGCAACCAGCCGGAGCUGCUCAAAAUGGAGGACAGCGAGGUCGAGCUGCUGUUGAAGCACGGUGGGCUAAACCUUCUGAUCAAGGAUUUUAAGCGGACGGGCAUCAAGGGUGGCGUACUCCGGCAAUACGUGCAGUACGAUGCAUGA